AUGAGCGGCUCCCAACCAGAAACACCCGCCUUGCGAGUGGCCCUCACGCCCGAGGAACGCGAGCUCUACUCGCGGCUCUUCAAGAGCUUGGACCCGGAAGGCAGCGGCAUCGUCACCGGCGACAAGGCGCGCGCCACGUUCGAGAAGUCCGGGUUGCCCGCCAACGUCCUCGGCGAGAUCUGGCAGAUGGCCGACAGCGCCAACUUGGGCUUCUUGACGCAGCUCGGCUUCUGCGUGGCCAUGCGCUUGAUCGGAUACACGCAGGCGGGCCACUUCCCCACGGCCCAGCUCGCGCAGGCGCCCGGCCCGGUGCCCCGGUUUGCGGACAUGCCGCGGCCCGCGGCGCCGGCGCGGACGCCGUCCGCCGGCAGCCUGUUGUUGCAGGCGCAGCCGUCGGCGUUCGUGCCGCAGAACACCGCCACGCAGCACGCGCAGCCGCAGGCGCCCGUGGCGCCCGUCGCGGCCGCGGACGUCGCCCGGUUCGCUGCCGUGUACGUGCGGACGACCGGCUCCGCCGCGGCGCGGUUGGAUGGCGCGGCCGCCAAGCGGAUCUUGACCAAGGCCAAGUUGCCCACGGCCACGUUGGGCCAGAUCUGGAGCUUGGUGGACGUGCACAACCGCGGCUCCUUGGACGUGGCCGCGUUCGUCGUGGCCAUGCACUUGGUCCAGGGCUUGCUCGGCGGCUCCUUGACGCAGUUGCCGCCGUUCUUGCCCGAGUACGUGUGGCGGUCCGUGGACGCCGCGAAGCCUGCGCCGGCCGCCCCGCUGGCCCGCGACGAGUGGCACGCCAGCGCCCAGCAGGCGCAGCAGUUCGACGCGAUCUUCCGGGGCUUGGACGCGCUGCGCUCGGGGGCCUUGCCCGCCGACCAGGUGGCGUCCUUCUUGAUGGCCUCCCGCUUGGACCAGCAGGACCUCGCCGCCAUCUGGGACUUGGCCGACAUCCAGAACACGGGCGUCUUCGGCCCGCUUGAGUUGGGCAUCGCCUUGUUCUUGAUCGACCGCAGGCGCGCGGGGCUCGCGUUGCCGGACGUGGUGCCCCAGGAGUUGAUCUCCUCGCUCCAGCAGGCCGGCCCGCCCGCGCCGCCGCCCCAUUCGCAGGCGGCGCCCGCGUCCCCGGUGCUCGCCAGGUCCUCCAUGGACGAACUAGCCGACAUCUUCGGGGCGCCCGCCCCGGCCGCGGCUGCGCCCUCCGCGCCCCGCGCCAGCUCCCCGCAGCCCGCCGGCCUCCAGCGGCGGGCCAGCAGCAGCGACUUGUCGCAAGCGCACGAGCCCCCGCAGGCCCGGCUGCCGUUGCCCGCUGCGUUCAAGCCCUCGUCCUCGUUCGGCCAGUCCUUGGUCUCGGGCCAUCGCGCCCAGCCCACCGCCGCGCCCGCGGACUUGAUCGGAGACGAUGCCUCCGCGUCGCCAGCGGCACACCCACGCGGGAACGGCCGCGGCCCGGGCUCGCCCGCCCCACAGGCUCCCCCGGCCAACCCUCAGGCCGGGCCGGAUGCUGCAACUGCUGCUGCUUCUGCUCCUGCUCCUGGUUUCAACCAGCAAAGAACUGUUGACUACGAGGCAUUGCGGUCCGUCCCAGCACCGCCUCAGUCUCGGCUGGCCAGCUCGCGUGUGGACCCCCCUGUGCCCGAGUACUCCCAGCCCCAGCGUGUCGCAAGCCCCGCCCGCAACGUCGCCAAUGACGACUUAUUGGCUGACUCGGAAGUCUCCGGGAAGUUGUCCGAGGCCACGUCUGACAUUGCGAACUUCUCCAACCAAAUCAAGUCGUUGUCAACCCAGACCUCCAACCUCCACGACAAGAAAACUCGUGCCGAGAAAGAAUUGGCGAGGAUUUUGGCUGUCAAGGAGGAGAUCAAUGGCAAGUUGAAGUUGUUGAGAACGUCAUACGCAAGUGAAGUGAAACAAGUCGAGCAGGUGGAGAUGACCUUGAACAACGCAAAAGAAGAACUCGAGGCGUUGCGCUCUGAGGCGUCCAUCGCGGAGGCCAGGUUCAACAGCAUAGCCACAGAUCGCCACGAGAAACAAUUGGCGGUCGAAGAGAACCAGAAGCUCAACUCCUCCCUCAGGGAGAAGUUGGGAAAUCUCAACGCGGAGAUUGCGGCAUUGGAAAGUGAGCACCAGCGCAAAGCGGCCGAAAAUACCACUCUCUCGAACGAAGCCAACGUAAGAAAAUCACAGGUCCAGGUUGCGCUUGUCAAAGUGGAUGAGUUGAAACGCAAAAUAUUGGAGGCCGAAGCCUCGUAUGAGGCGUUCACAACCCAGAUCACUGAUCUCGAGCAGCAACGACUUGCUGCGGAACUGCAAACUAGUGAACUAGCGAACGAGCAUGAAGGUUUAUCUCGGAGCUUGAGUGAGGUCCAACUGAAACACCUGCUUCUCGCUGGAAGUGUCGGCACAGCCGCUGGCCUCGCCGUUGGCGCGGGUGCUCACUUGUUGUCGAGCAAAGGAGAUCUUGAUGGGCGCGCUGACAAACUCGUCCAAGAUGACGAGAAAAACGCUGCACUGUUGGAGACGAGCCAGCAUCAAGCCUCAAGCAAGGGCGAUGCCGCACCGCCUACUCAUCAGAAAAGUGACGAAACAGAGAGCUCAGCCCCUGAAAGUGAAGAUCUGCAGAACGCCACAGCUGCAGUCAGUGUUGCAGCGAUCGUUGAUGAGGUCAAGCAGCAGCCUGCCCCGGAUUUGACGGGAGUCGAUGACAUGGAAGUUGCGGAACACAAGGAUACGCUGUUCGAGGAAACGGACUAUGUGACCCCGAAAAAUGACUCCAUUCAAAGCAAUCCAACUUUCUUCAGUGUUGCAGGCAUAGUCGAUGAAAUAAAGGAACACUCAGCAAAAGACCUCACGGGGUUAGAUGAUGCCAGCGAGACUGAACGCAAAGACACACUGUUCAAUGAGCAAGAAUCCAACAGCUUGAAGCAAAAUUUCCCACCGGUUCCCAUCGGCUAUGAAAAUCCGGGCCACUUGUCAACAGAGUAUAACUCAGCAAACCUUCAGGAUAUAAUCUCCAAAAAGGUACUGAACUCAUCAGCGGCUACGGACUUUCAGAGGCAGACAGAGGGUGCAGAUACAGGAGAAACACCUGUAACUACUCCUUCAAACUCUGAAUAUAGAUUCCAACAGUCCAAUGCGGGCGUCGUUGGGGGUAUGGUAGGUAUGCCAGGAGUGUUGGUGGGUGUCCAAAGAACCGAUUCACUUACCUCGAGUGUGCAAAACAAUCCAUCCAUGUCUGUGAGAGAUGACAACAUCGACGAGAUCAGUGACCGAGACACAUUGGAAGACAAUGCCGGCUUUUCAGAAAUCCCUUCGAGGGAACAUAAACAGUCGGACGGCCACGUGGAUGAAUUCAGCGAGGGAGAACGACUUUCUUCUGGUGUUGAGCUGUUUGAACUUGUCAACGCCGAUGAAGCUAAGGGAAGUGAAGGUGUAAAGAACUCACCCAAAACGCUUGAUACUCCUACACAUCCGUUAGCGCAAAGCUAUAGAGCUUCCGAGUUGUCAAGUGGGUCGGGUAGUCAGCAAGUGGAGGAGUUUCCAUCUCCCAAAGAACUCGAUUAUGAUGAAAGCUCGUCUGAUGAGUCAGAAAGCAACAUCGCAGUGAACGACCAGUUUGAUGAUGCAAACGAAAACUUCGCUAAACAAUCGCAAUCCCCACCUGAAUAUGAUUCCGAGUCUGAUUUCAAUGAUCUUGAGCCUGCUACGAAUGAGACUGGUGACGAAAACGUUCAGGAUGAGUUUUUUGAUGAGGAUUUCGACAACUUGAAAUUGGCAGAUGACGACAAUCAAGAAGAAAUUGAUGUGCAUGACGUAUCUUUUGAUGAUCACUUCACAGGAGCCGACAACUUUGGUGGUUUCUCUCAACAAUCUGCAGCUUCCACGGCCCCUGACUUCUCAAGUGCUGUAAAUGGCAGUCACGCUGAUAACGACGAGUGGGAGCAGUUAUUUGCUGGUUUUGGCAACGCUACCCCAGUUGCACAACUGCAAAAUUUUGGAGCUACAGCCGGGCCAUCUACCCAUGAAUCUGCAGUGCAAGAAUUAGUAGGUAUGGGGUUUCAGAAAGAAACAGUAGUGGAAGCGCUAGAGAAGGAGAAUUAUGAUGUGGAGGCUGCCACAAAUUACUUGCUAGAUCAUGCCUAA